GUAUCAAAAAAGAGUAUGUCGUUCUAUACUUCUAUAUGUGGUACGUGCUCUGAUUUCCCUGUUGCUGUUGGGACUGAUUCGAGUGGGGAGUUGUUUGUGAAUGGGGAUAUGAAUUGGACUUUGGAUAACGUUAGUGAGGUUACAAGGAAUUUAUUGAGGAAGGAGAAGGAAGGUGGUGAGAGAGAGAGUAGUAAUUUAAAUGUUUUGCAAGGGCAAAUUGGGAGUUUUGAAGGUUUGGGUAAUGAAUCCGGGUAUGGAAGUGAACCAGGGUAUCGAGGUGAUGCGGAGUUUGGAUAUGGCGACGAGUUUGAUGAAGAAGAAGAUGAUCAGCGGCUCUCCUUCUGGGGCGACGAAUUUGGAGCUCUCUCUAGGAUGGAGAAGGUUGGGGAGAACUCAUUGCAGAAGGUGCACCACAGAUGUCGGCGGAGGAAACAAGAUUGUAGAAUGGCGAUCCCUUGAGGUCGCUGAGAUUGACGUUUAAUAUUUAUAAUUUUGUCAUAGUAUUAUCGAUAGCUGAGUCUUUAAGAUUUUGCCAGUGACACGAUGGUGUAAUGCAUGUGACACAGCAUUCUGGUUUAAAUAGAGAUGCUUCUGUAAAUAUGAACAAAUGAUGUUAUUGUUAUUCAUAUCUUAUUGUCAUGCUCCCAUGAUGUUCACCAAGGUAUAAAAGGAAGUUUGCUUUGAGA